GUUCAGGUUCCUAGGUCGAUGCUCAGCCACUGAGCCACGCCAGACGGGCGUUCAACCACGUACCCAGAUGUCCCAGAUGCCAAGCCCCAUCUCAUGCCCGAGAGCAUCUGCGUAGACCCAACAUAGCCUCUGCCCCCGGCAGGGCGUGGAGUGGGGGUUGUCCGGGAGAUGAUUUUAAAAAGCCGUACACACUUCACAGCCAACUAGCUCCCAUCCAGAACACUCAGUGAGGACAACACAGAACAAACACACGAGGCAGAAUCCGGACGCACAGUCAGGGCCGCCAAGGGCAGGUACGAACACGAGGGAAAUGCAUCCGACCUGGGGCCUGACUUCAUUCUGGCCAAUCGGACGGGGUCCAGCUUGUCGCAUCACCACGCUCACUAUAGGGGAGAGGGAAACUGAGGCACACCAAGCCGUGCCCAGGGAACCCAGAAAGGUCUGGCUUCCUGUCCCGAUAACAGAAACAGUUGCCCCCCUGAAAGUCAUCUGUGUAACCAGGCCCGAGCCCCUUGCUCACGCCGGCCCUCAGUUUUCCCGUCUUUGGAAUGGGCGUGCGUACAUUCGCCAUCGUUCAUCAGCCGUGCCCGGAACAGCUCUGGCUCACCGCCGGGGCCCAGGAAAUGCCAAGCUCAGGUUCGCAGCUGUUGGGUUUGGCCUGGGUCCUGGGCUCCAGGCUCUGGCACCAUAGCUCCUUCCACCUGAAGGCAGGGGUUCUGGUCCCUGGUUCCUGUCCCCACGGACACCGGCUCGGUGCCUCGCAUCCUCUCCCCCGAGAACGGCCUGCAGAGCAGCCAGCCGUUCCUGCGAGAGGCCAGAGGAGGAAGGGAUGGACGCUGGGCUCCUGGACACGGGGUUCCCGGAGCAGGUGGCCUUCGAGGACGUGGCCGUGGACCUCACGCGGGAGGAGUGGGGGCAGCUGACGCCCGCCCAGAGGACCCUGCACUGUGAGGUGAUGCCGGAGACCUGGGGGCUCCUGGUCUCUGUGGACUUGGAAACGAAAUUGAAAACGGAACUGUCAGCUGCAAAGCAAGACGCCUCUGAGAAACCGUCCAGCCCUGUCCUGGUAGAAGGGUUCCGGUGGGACGACGGUCUGGGAAGCGCUGAGAGUGACGCCGCCGUGGGGCACCGGGAACAGAGCUGUGAGAGCCCGGAUGGCCGUGGGGGGCCGGCGGCCUGCGAAGACCUCUGUUCGGCGGCAGCAGCCUGGGAAUGGGCUUGGGGAAAACUGACCUCUGAGCCCUGAUCGCCCAAGUCAACCCGUGACUCCUGGAGGACAAGACUCGCAUGCACGGAGAAUGCACAGAAAAAAGGAGAGUCCGUGCUCAAAACCGAACGCACAACAGAAAACCCACGGGAAAGAGAAAGCCUGCCGGUGUCUGGAAUGUGGAAAGGCGUUUGCUCGCAGCUCUGCUCUCACUGAGCACCGCCGGACGCACACCGGGGAGAGGCCCGACGAGUGUCAGGAAUGCGGGAAGGGCUUCCGAAACCGCUCGGCACUCACCAAGCACCGGAGAACUCACACGGGCGAGAAGCCCUACAGGUGCCCGCACUGUGGGGGGACCUUCAACCAAACCCCCCGCUGAUCCAGCACCAGAGGACGCACAUGGGCGAGAAGCCCUAGGUGUGCAGCCAAUGCGGCAAGUCCUUUAGUUUCCGGUCCUCCUUCAGCCAACACGCACGAACCCACAUGGGCGAGAAGCCUUAUACGUGUCCCGAGUGUGGGAAAGCCUUCACCCAGGCGACACCACUGAUCCAGCAUCAGAGGACGCACACGGGAGAGAAGCCCUACGGGUGCCACGAGUGUGGGAAAGCCUUCAGCCACAGCUCGUCACUCCACCAGCACGAGCGGACACACACGGGGGAGAAGCUCUAUGGGUGUCGUCAGUGUGGCAAGGCCCGUCCGGCAGAGCACACACCUCGGUCAGCACCAGCGGAUCCACACGGGGGAGAGGCCCUAUGAGUGUAAUGCAUGUGGCAGAGCCUUCACCCACAGCUCAUCUCUCACCCAGCACCAGCGAGUCCACAUGGGGGAGAAGCCCUAUGCGUGUCAUGCAUGUGGCAGGGCCUUCGGUCAGAGCUCCCUCCUCGUAGGACACCAGAGGACCCACCCCACAGAAAAAUCCUACACGUGCAACGAAUGUGGGAAGUCCUUCAGGCAGAGCACUCGCCUCACUCGGCACCGGAGGAGCCACACAGGAGGAAAGCCGUACGCGUGCAGGGACAGUGGGAAGGCCUUCACACACAGCUCCUCCCUGACCAGACACCAGAGAACUCAUACUGGGUCGAGGCACCUACAGGAGCUGGGCCAUAGGAAGCCUUAAGCCAUCGUUCAAGUCUUCCCUUCCUACACUUGACCCAGUCAUACCCCUGGGUAACAUCACAGACUCAUGCAUACACCUCCACAAAUAGGAGUAGUUCACAUGCCCCUCAGAUCACUCUAACGUAGGGAAAUGGAGGGAUGAUCAGUGUUGAAGACCUUCAGUGCGAGUGCCAGUCAAUGCUGUAUUAUAGACGCCACGAAAAUGAGGAUGGGGAAGAGGUAUUGGAUCUGGGCAUGACUUCACAAGAAUUCACCAGCUUCCAAACUUGAGAAUUUCAAAAUGGUGAGACCCCCCCCAACUAAUGCUGUUCAUCAAAAAGAACCAAGUGCAGUGACAUUUUAUCUUUAAUGCACGUUAUAUGCUCGAGUGGGGAGACGUGCUCAUGAAUGGUGUUGACACUGAUACGCCCUGUAAACACCAUGGCUGUGCCCCACACGUGAGAGUGGCAUCCAUGUGCAAUCCCCAUGCACGCAACUGACCCAGUAAGAAGUUCUGAUCCGUGUGUAAAGCAUUUGAUCAAGGUACAUGGCAGACGGCCUCACAGAUCUGAA